AAGCACAGAAGGUCACGCGUGUUUUUGAACUGAAAGCUGGGGAAGAAAUGUGCGGCAGUAAAUAGAGAAAUAGCGACUUUAUACACUUAGCCAGUACAGUAUAAACGAUCAUUAAUGCUAAUUCGAAAAACACACACUCGUAUAACAAUGUUGUAUCUAAUUAAAUAACGACUUGCGGUCAGAAACAGGUAACAUUAGGCUAGCAGAAACAUAUUGCUAGCCUUUCAGCUAGCUUUUCUUAAAAACAUUAACGUUACAUCUUCAUAUAACUGCCACUAUGUUUAGAAGCCUUUUUAGACUUCAGGGUCAGUUUAGAAAUACCCUUUUACUCGGUAAAGAGUGCCCAAGAAGCCAGCCCUUUCGGUUUGCUUUGAAAUACUCCACAGCCACAGCAGGAAGAAGAAGAUUUUAUCAAGAUGUCAGUAUAUCCCAAGGUGAAGGUGGUUUAUAUGAGAUAAACCUAGACAAAAGAAAAUUGAAAACUCCUGGAGGGAAGCUGUUCACAGUGCCAAAUGAAACCCUCGCCAUCGCCGUGGCAACCGAGUGGGAUGUUCAAAGGGACACACUCAAGUUCUACACGAUGCACCUGACUACACUGUGCAACACAGCUCUGGACAAUCCCACCGAACGUAAUAAGGACCAAAUGAUAAAUGCUGCCCUGAAGUUCCUCGAGACUGAUACUGUCUGUUACAGAGUAGAUGAGCCCCAUGAUUUGGUUGAGCUUCAAAAGUAUGAGUGGGACCCAGUCCUUCACUGGAUUGAAAACAGAUAUAAUGUCACUAUUGGCUCCUCUUCAAGUAUUUUGGGUCCUGAGAUCCCAGAGGCAACCAAAGACACGUUCCGGCAACACCUGAAUUCUUACAACUUCUGGUCCCUGAUAGGGCUUGAGUAUGUGAUCACCCAGCUGAAGUCUGUUGUGUUAUCGCUGGGAAUGAUUGACAGACAUCUGAGUGUGGAACAGGCUGUGCUGCUCUCCAGACUGGAGGAGGAAUACCAGAUUCGGAGCUGGGGAAAUGUGGAGUGGGCCCAUGACUACGACCUGUAUGAGCUCAGGGCACGAACUGCUGCCGGAGCUCUUUUUGUUCACCUGUCAACUGAGAGUUCAACUGUCAAACGCAAACUUAUGCAGGACUGAGAAGCAUAAGCUCAAACUAAAUAAAUAAAACUCAAAAUGAGUACAUAGCAACACCCCAAGCAACUUAGUUCAUCUAUGCUUCUACACCCAUGCAGACAAACAUAACACAUUCUGCUUGUUCUAUUUAGCAGUGUCAACUACUCUGUCUGGGAUUUGUUAUGGUGUCAUCUCACUGCAGUAAACAUUGUUUUUGUUUUUGCAGUGUUUAUAUGUGACAGCUGCCAAGCCUGAUGCCCUUUACAGAGUUUCCAGUCUGUUCUCAGUCGCCUAUGACAUUUUGGACACUGCGUAUGGUUUCAGGAGAAUGGUGACUAAUGAUGUUUGUUUUGUUUGGCAGUGGAAUGUGACUUCCAUGUCUGCUUUCUCUGGGUGCUACAUUUGAAGACUGCAAAGCACAUAUGUUAUCCUAACCGCACACUAUCCAUACCUGCUGCGCUGCGUUUACUGUUUGAUAAGGGUACACUGCAUAUAAAAAUAUAAACAGGUGAAAAAUCUGUAAUUAAGUGUCAUCAUUCCUGCUGUUUUGUUUUAGCAUUUUCAUUGUGGUAAUGAGGUGUACACAAAAAAGCCCAUUCCUCCAUAUGAUCUCCGCUGCAGUUUUGCUUUUACAAAAAGUUGAAUUUUACCGGAAAAGUGGACUGCAUCCUCGACCAGCAGUAUUUUCACAUACAAAGCUGAAGGUUUUGUUGUGUUUCCAGAUGAAAUGAAUCAAAGCAACUAAAAGAGUAGUAUUAUCUGACUCAUGUUUGUCUGUGCCCUUACCAACUAUUGUAAGCAAAAUACUGUAUGUCAGCAAAGUUUAUUGUGAAUUAAAAGCCAAACAUGGAAAUAAA